UUCAUCUUUCUUCUUCUUCUUCUCUCUCUGGAUCAGAGCAGAAUUGAGAAGAUAUGGAGGAAGGCAGAAAUGGCGAGGAAAGGUUGGGUGGAGAAGAAGACGAGAGAAAGGUAGAAUCAACAGAGCGUGUGUUUGAGAAGGUAGAAAUCCCUUCAUGGAAGAAUCAGCUGACCAUUAGGGCCAUGUUUACCAGCCUGGUCCUCAGCGCCAUCUUCAACUUCAUCGUCUGCAAACUCAACUUAACCACCGGCGUCAUCCCUUCCCUGAACGUCGCCGCCGGCCUGCUGGGCUUCGCCGUCAUAAAAUCAUGGACCGCCCUUCUUCUCAAGGCUGGGCUCUUGAAACAGCCCUUCACCCGCCAGGAGAACACCGUUAUACAAACCUGCGUCGUUGCUUCUUCCGGCAUUGCUUUCAGCAGUGGGACUGCAAGUUACAUGUUGGGCAUGAGCCCAACAAUUGCAGCACAGGCAGAAUCAGGAAAUAUUCCCAACAACGUGAAGACACUUUCUAUUGGUUGGAUGCUUGCCUUUCUCUAUGUUGUGAGCUUUGUUGGUCUCUUCUCAAUUGUGCCCUUGAGAAAGAUGAUGAUAUUGAAAUACAAGCUGACAUAUCCCAGUGGUACUGCAACUGCUUACCUUAUCAAUAGUUUUCAUACUCCCAACGGUGCAAAGCUUGCAAAGCAACAAGUGGCAGCCCUCUUCAAAUGCUUUAGUUUUAGCUUUUUAUUUGGAGGCUUCCAAUGGUUCUUUGCUGCUGAUGAUGGUUGUGGCUUUUCAAGCUUCCCAACCUUUGGCCUCAAAGCCUAUGCUCAAAGAUUCUACUUUGAUUUCUCCUCAACAUAUGUUGGUGUUGGGAUGCUGUGCCCUAUUAUGGUCAAUGUUUCAUUGCUUAUUGGAGCCAUUAUCUCAUGGGGGAUCAUUUGGCCAAUCAUUCACACAAAGGAGGGUAUUUGGUACCCUCCUAACCUCUCUUCAUCUAGCCUUAAGGGCAUCCAAGGCUACAAGGUUUUUCUUGCUAUUGCCAUGAUGCUUGGAGAUGGGCUUUUCAACUUUUUUUACAUGAUGGUGGUGACGGGUCUAAGUUUCAUGAAGCGCCGCCGGUCGGAAAAGAACGGCCCUGCAUCUCUUCUCCCCGUCGACGACGAGUUUAACAAAGGUAAAGGUGCCCAACUUGAAGACUUCGACGGGCAAAGAAGAACCCAUAACUUCUUAAAGGACUCCAUCCCCAACGCCGUCGCAGUCGGAGGAUACAUCGCCCUGGCGGCCGUGGCAAUCAUCGCCGUGCCCUUCAUCUUCCCGCCGCUGAAAUGGUACCACAUUGCGGUGGCGUACGCCAUGGCUCCCAUCUUAGCUUUCUGCAACGCCUAUGGCUGCGGCCUCACUGAUUGGUCCCUGGCGUCCAACUACGGAAAAAUUGCGAUCUUGAUUUUCAGUUCUUGGGUCGGCCAUGACAACGGCGGGGUUCUCGCCGGGCUGGCGUCUUGCGGGGUGAUGAUGAGCAUCGUUUCCACGACCUCGGAUUUGAUGCAGGAUUUCAAGACUGGGUAUUUGACCCUGGCUUCGCCUCUGGCCAUGUUCUUCAGCCAAGUCGCCGGAACCGCCAUGGGCUGCACCUUGACCCCUCUGGUUUUCUGGAUUUUCUACAAGGCGUAUCCCUUGGGCGACAGCAACAGCGCCUACCCCGCCCCCUACGCCGCCGUCUAUCGAGCCAUUGCCCUGCUCGGAGUCGACGGCUUUGGCUCCCUCCCCACCAACUGCCUAAACCUUGCGAUCGGGUUCUUCGUUGCGGCCAUCGCGAUCAACAUUUUUAGCGAGGUGUUGAGGAAGUAUGAGACCAAGUACAGGGUUUACCGCUUCAUUCCUAACCCGAUGUGCAUGGCGAUUCCGUUCUACCUCGGGGGGUAUUUCGCCAUUGACAUGUGCGUUGGGAGCUUGAUUCUGUUUGUUUGGCGGUGGAAGAACAAGCAGCAGGCCAAGGAUUUUGGGCCGGCGGUGGCGUCUGGGCUGAUCUGCGGCGAAUCCUUGUGGGGAAUUCCGGCGGCUAUACUUGCUUUGGCCGGCGUUAAAGCUCCCAUUUGCAUGAAGUUCUUGUCGGCUGCGGCAAAUGCUAAGUUGGAGAGCAGUUGACCUAAAAUAAGUUCGGUAUUAUUAGUUGUUCGUUGUUUAAUUUAGGGGGGAAUAUAUAAUAUUUAUUCAUCUAUUAGUUCUUGUUCCAUCAAAACCUUUGCUGGUUGGUUUAAGUUAAUUUGUCUUUCAA